UUUCCAACAUGACUCAAAAUGGCUGUGCUCUUCUCCACUGGACGGCAACUCCGGAACUGAAAGAAAAAGCAACCUAAUCACACCAACAAUUUGUUCGACAUCUGUUAAGGUAUCAGCCAUUUUGGACCAUAGAGGAUAAUUCCACUAUGACAAGCUUCCAGCCUUGGUUGUAAUUGUGGCACACAUCUCACACACCUGCAUGGGGAGGAUGGAGAGCGAUUGCAGAAUCCCCAUGUUGUGCUUGAGGCCCAGAGUCCUGGCUUUGCAUGCACUCUUCUGGGGUUUGGUGUCUCUCAGAGUGUUUGGUGCAGCUCUGCUGAGUGAGGAGAAGACCACCGUGGCCAGGCCGGUAACCACCCCCUGUUGGCAGAUGGAGGAGUUUGUGGUUGCGGUGGAAUGCUCCCAGUGCACCGCUUUCCAGUUGAAGUCAUGGGCAGCAUGUACUCAGACGGGAUACAUGGAGAUGAUCAACUGCACCAAGUCAAAUAAAGACGAGUACAAGAGCUGCCGCUCUACCCUGAUGGAGGAACACCUUUUCUGGAAGUUUGAGGGAGCCAUGUUGGGCCUUACCAUACUGUUCGCCCUCGUAGUGGUCGCUAGGCAACGUUCGCUGGACCGGCUUGCCUCCGAGAAAGUCCGCAGGCAGAUCGAGUCCAUCUAGCACAGUACAGUGAAGAGUCUAAUAGACCUCAGCAUAGUCGCUCAGCUCAUUUCAAACUCUUAAUGAACAGAGCCACCAUAUUUCAACAGCAUGGAGGUCUGGAGAACGGUAUAUCCGACAAUGGGCCAGGCUUACUGGAAAACGGUUUCUAAAUUUUGUUAUUGAAGAAAUGAAAAUGAAAUCAAGAUUGAGAAUGAAACUCCAGCCCUAAUUAUAACCCGCCAAAGGACAAAUGAUGAACAGUGUCUGGCGUUUUGUCAAUGGAAUUAUUAUCCCUAAAGGGAAUGGCUCUUCUGAGCAGUGAACUUGCGGUACUUUGAUCUAGACAAAGUCUGUGAAAUUGAUGAACGUUGGGAACUGGCUGCAUUCUAAGUAGAAGACAAUUGAUGGAUUCGUUCAAGCCACAUACAUGGUUCUUUAAUUACAUUUGAAUUUAUUUAUUUUUUGCCUGUUUACAGAAUUGUCUGACAAAUGCCAAACAAGUUUCUGGCACAUGUUUCUGUUCUCUGAGAGAACCAAGAAUAUAAUCUAGUGUCAAAUGCCCUUUCUCACUUGGAAACAUGGACUAAUAACUAGGUCUGUGACUCGAAUGGAUCAAAAAUCAGUCUUAUGGGGGCAUAAAUAAGAGUUUGUUCUUAACUAACUUGCCUAGUUAAAUAAAGGUUACAUUAAAAAAAAUUAGGGGAUGGGUUUGCAUAGUGUUACCGUGUACUGGAGUAUGAGUGUCAUGCUGCAAUGCUGUUUUCACCUUCGUGGGUUUCAUAUUUCCAAGUUUCAGUAUUGGUAUUCUACUGAAAGUAUACAAUCACUAUGUUGUGAAAUCUUGUGUGUUUGGAGAUUCCAUUGCAGACAUGGUUCUAAAUGCAAACACUAACAUUUGACUACUAGUGUUUUUGAUAGGCUAUAGAGUUUCCAAUAUACACGACACACAUUCAUUUUAAAAACUGUUGGAUUUCCA